AAUGGUGAACCACUUAUUACAGGUCUUUAUUGUUGCUACUAGUAGAAGAAUACUGUACUUGUGUUUCCGUUAUUCACCGAAAAAAUUUCUUUUGUUCACAUUACAUCACAUACUUUGAUUAUUUCAGAACAAAAUCAUCUAAAGUGCCUCAAACUCAGAGGGUAUGCCAUCAUCUAGACACUAACUCUGCACUGAACCAAUUUCAUAAAACAUCAUCAAACGACAAAAGCUCCAAAGUCACUGACCGUAGAUCACCCAGAAACACGGCACCUGAGAGAAAACGCCCUAGAAGCAGCAGAAUACAUGAAUUGAUAGUUAAUAGUGAGAAAGCACGUACUCAAAUAGCAGAAUCACCAGACACAGAACUACAAAACUUGAGGCACAAGUUAUCAAAAUCACUUUCUCUUGUGAAAAACAUGGAAAACCAGCUCCGAGAUUGCAAAGAGUCAAAUCAGGCUCAACCUUUGGUGAACGAGACUUUGCGACAACUUGAGGCAGCGAAAAGAACUGUCGAGCUGUUAAGAGCUGAUGCUGCAAAAUCUGUGCAUGUAAGCAAACUUGAGUCCAGCCUUGCACAUGACAGAAAUUUGGAAAUGGAAUCUGAAAGAUUGGAAAAGAAUGAUAGUACUAAUCACAUUGAAAUCGAGUUUCGUUCUUUGAGGUCUGAGGUUGAACUACUUAGGUCUGCGAUUGAGAUUGCCGAAAUUAAAUUCCAAGAAGAACAGAUUCAGAACACGGUGAAGAUUAGGAAUGCCUAUGAGUUGAUCGAACGGGUAAAAUCAGAAUUGAGUCAGAGGGAGUCCGAAUUGGAAAGAAAGAAAGCCGAAAUUGAGGAGUUGAAAGAGAAACUGAUGGAUAAGGAAAAUGAGUUGCAAGGUAUUGUGAAUGAGAAUGAGAGGUUGAAUUUGAAGCUUGAAAAAAGUGUGUCACUGUCAUCGAAAAAAGAACUAGAAUUUAAGAAGGAACUUAAAAGGUUAGACGAAUAUGUAGUGGCAUUGAAGGGUGAAAUGAUGGAUAAGGAGACAACACUGCAAAACAUAUCAGAAGAAAAUGAAAUGUUGAAGUGGGAAAUCAAUAAGAGGUUCACAUUCACACAUGAUGGCAUAAUGAAAGAGGAAGUUGCAGCCGAAAUAGGGGCGGCUAAGGCUGCAGAACGUGAUGCUAUUGCUAAAUUGAAGAUAAUGAAGGAGGAGGCAGAGAAGAGCAGUAGUAAGGCGGCGAGGGUGGCUGAGCAGUUGGAAGCUGCACAAGUGGCGAAUAUGGAAAAAGAAGAUGAAUUGAAAAGAAUCAAAGUGCAAUGUGAUCAGUGGAGGAAGGCUGCAGAAGCAGCAGCUGCUAUGUUUUCAGCAGGGAACAACGGAAAGAUCGCUGAGAGAUCGAUGUCUAUGGACAACAAUUACAACAAUAAUGUGAUGAAGAAUAAGCACUUGAACUUUUAUGAUGAGACUGAUGAUUGGAGUGAUCUGCAAGGAAAGAAAAAUGGGAAUGUGUUGAAGAAGAUUGGUGUCUUGUGGAAGAAGCCUCAGAAAACCACUGGUUGAUUCGUAAGAGCUUUUGAAUUCAGUCUAGUAAUACUGUGUUAUUACUGGAAAUUUUUUGUUGUGCAAUUCCUUCUUGCUAUGCAAGUGGAACCCUUAGAUAUGGAACUGUUUUGUGAACAAUAUUUAAUAAGUUGGCAUUAAGUUCUUGAAUUGAAAUAGACCUUUCUACAUAGUUUGAUUCACACUUUUGACUUUUGGCUAUAUAUAUCGUUCUACCUUAGCUUGAAGCCAUACAUUUCAUAAAUAUAAUACCUUUGUAUCACUUUUUGUUGAACA